AGUCACCAGCUAGAGCGCAGCUGAGGCACUAGAGCUCCAGGCACAAGGGCGGGAGCCACCGCUGCCCCUAUGGCGCCCGCCGCCCUCUGGGUCGCGCUGGUCUUCGAACUGCAGCUGUGGGCCACCGGGCACACAGUGCCCGCCCAGGUUGUCUUGACACCCUACAAACCGGAACCUGGGUACGAGUGCCAGAUCUCACAGGAAUACUAUGACAGGAAGGCUCAGAUGUGCUGUGCUAAGUGUCCUCCUGGCCAAUAUGUGAAACAUUUCUGCAACAAGACCUCGGACACCGUGUGUGCGGACUGUGAGGCAAGCAUGUAUACCCAGGUCUGGAACCAGUUUCGUACAUGUUUGAGCUGCAGUUCUUCCUGUACCACUGACCAGGUGGAGAUCCGCGCCUGCACUAAACAGCAGAACCGAGUGUGUGCUUGCGAAGCUGGCAGGUACUGCGCCUUGAAAACCCAUUCUGGCAGCUGUCGACAGUGCAUGAGGCUGAGCAAGUGCGGCCCUGGCUUCGGAGUGGCCAGUUCAAGAGCCCCAAAUGGAAAUGUGCUAUGCAAGGCCUGUGCCCCAGGGACGUUCUCUGACACCACAUCAUCCACUGAUGUGUGCAGGCCCCACCGCAUCUGUAGCAUCCUGGCUAUUCCCGGAAAUGCAAGCACAGAUGCAGUCUGUGCGCCCGAGUCCCCAACUCUAAGUGCCAUCCCAAGGACACUCUACGUAUCUCAGCCAGAGCCCACAAGAUCCCAACCCCUGGAUCAAGAGCCAGGGCCCAGCCAAACUCCAAGCAUCCUUACAUCGUUGGGUUCAACCCCCAUUAUUGAACAAAGUACCAAGGGUGGCAUCUCUCUUCCAAUUGGUCUGAUUGUUGGAGUGACAUCACUGGGUCUGCUGAUGUUAGGACUGGUGAACUGCAUCAUCCUGGUGCAGAGGAAAAAGAAGCCCUCCUGCCUACAAAGAGAUGCCAAGGUGCCUCAUGUGCCUGAUGAGAAAUCCCAGGAUGCAGUAGGCCUUGAGCAGCAGCACCUGUUGACCACAGCACCCAGUUCCAGCAGCAGCUCCCUAGAGAGCUCAGCCAGCGCUGGGGACCGAAGGGCGCCCCCUGGGGGCCAUCCCCAAGCAAGAGUCAUGGCGGAGGCCCAAGGGUUUCAGGAGGCCCGUGCCAGCUCCAGGAUUUCAGAUUCUUCCCACGGAAGCCACGGGACCCACGUCAACGUCACCUGCAUCGUGAACGUCUGUAGCAGCUCUGACCACAGUUCUCAGUGCUCUUCCCAAGCCAGCGCCACAGUGGGAGACCCAGAUGCCAAGCCCUCAGCGUCCCCAAAGGAUGAGCAGGUCCCCUUCUCUCAGGAGGAGUGUCCGUCUCAGUCCCCGUGUGAGACUACAGAGACACUGCAGAGCCAUGAGAAGCCCUUGCCCCUUGGUGUGCCGGAUAUGGGCAUGAAGCCCAGCCAAGCUGGCUGGUUUGAUCAGAUUGCAGUCAAAGUGGCCUGACCCCUGACAGGGGUAACACCCUGCAAAGGGACCCCCGAGACCCUGAACCCAUGGAACUUCAUGACUUUUGCUGGAUCCAUUUCCCUUAGUGGCUUCCAGAGCCCCAGUUGCAGGUCAAGUGAGGGCUGAGACAGCUAGAGUGGUCAAAAACUGCCAUGGUGUUUUAUGGGGGCAGUCCCAGGAAGUUGUUGCUCUUCCAUGACCCCUCUGGAUCUCCUGGGCUCUUGCCUGAUUCUUGCUUCUGAGAGGCCCCAGUAUUUUUUCCUUCUAAGGAGCUAACAUCCUCUUCCAUGAAUAGCACAGCUCUUCAGCCUGAAUGCUGACACUGCAGGGCGGUUCCAGCAAGUAGGAGCAAGUGGUGGCCUGGUAGGGCACAGAGGCCCUUCAGGUUAGUGCUAAACUCUUAGGAAGUACCCUCUCCAAGCCCACCGAAAUUCUUUUGAUGCAAGAAUCAGAGGCCCCAUCAGGCAGAGUUGCUCUGUUAUAGGAUGGUAGGGCUGUAACUCAGUGGUCCAGUGUGCUUUUAGCAUGCCCUGGGUUUGAUCCUCAGCAACACAUGCAAAACGUAAGUAGACAGCAGACAGCAGACAGCACAGCCAGCCCCCUGUGUGGUUUGCAGCCUCUGCCUUUGACUUUUACUCUGGUGGGCACACAGAGGGCUGGAGCUCCUCCUCCUGACCUUCUAAUGAGCCCUUCCAAGGCCACGCCUUCCUUCAGGGAAUCUCAGGGACUGUAGAGUUCCCAGGCCCCUGCAGCCACCUGUCUCUUCCUACCUCAGCCUGGAGCACUCCCUCUAACUCCCCAACGGCUUGGUACUGUACUUGCUGUGACCCCAAGUGCAUGUCCGGGUUAGGCACUGUGAGUUGGAACAGCUGAUGACAUCGGUUGAAAGGCCCACCCGGAAACAGCUGAAGCCAGCUCUUUUGCCAAAGGAUUCAUGCCGGUUUUCUAAUCAACCUGCUCCCCUAGCAUGCCUGGAAGGAAAGGGUUCAGGAGACUCCUCAAGAAGCAAGUUCAGUCUCAGGUGCUUGGAUGCCAUGCUCACCGAUUCCACUGGAUAUGAACUUGGCAGAGGAGCCUAGUUGUUGCCAUGGAGACUUAAAGAGCUCAGCACUCUGGAAUCAAGAUACUGGACACUUGGGGCCGACUUGUUAAGGCUCUGCAGCAUCAGACUGUAGAGGGGAAGGAACACGUCUGCCCCCUGGUGGCCCGUCCUGGGAUGACCUCGGGCCUCCUAGGCAACAAAAGAAUGAAUUGGAAAGGACUGUUCCUGGGUGUGGCCUCAGCUCCUGUGCUUGUGUGGAUCCCUAAAGGGUGUGCUAAGGAGCAAUUGCACUGUGUGCUGGACAGAAUUCCUGCUUAUAAAUGCUUUUUGUUGUUGUUUUGUACACUGAGCCCUGGCUGAGCCACCCCACCCCACCUCCCAUCCCACCUUUACAGCCACUCUUGCAGAGAACCUGGCUGUCUCCCACUUGUAGCCUGUGGAUGCUGAGGAAACACCCAGCCAAGUAGACUCCAGGCUUGCCCCUAUCUCCUGCUCUGAGUCUGGCCUCCUCAUUGUGUUGUGGGAAGGAGACGGGUUCUGUCAUCUCGGAAGCCCACACCGUGGAUGUGAACAAUGGCUGUACUAGCUUAGACCAGCUUAGGGCUCUGCAAUCAGAGGAGGGGGAGCAGGGAACAAUUUGAGUGCUGACCUAUAACACAUUCCUAAAGGAUGGGCAGUCCAGAAUCUCCCUCCUUCAGUGUGUGUGUGUGUGUGUGUGUGUGUGUGUGUGUGUGUGUGUCCAUGUUUGCAUGUAUGUGUGUGCCAGUGUGUGGAGGCCAGAGGUUGGCUUUGGGUGUGUUUGAUCACUCUCAGUUACUGAGGCAGGGCUCUCAUCUGUACCCAGAGCUUGCACAUUUUCUAGUCUAACUUGCUUCAGGGAUCUCUGUCUGCCUAUGGAGUGCUCAGGUUACAGGCAGGCUGCCAUACCUGCCCGACAUUUACAUGAAUACUAGAGAUCUGAAUUCUGGUCCUCACACUUGUAUACCUGCAUUUUAUCCACUAAGACAUCUCUCCAAGGGCUCCCCCUUCCUAUUUAAUAAGUUAGUUUUGAACUGGCAAGAUGGCUCAGUGGGUAAGGCAGUUUGCGGACAAACCUGAUGACCUGAGUUGGAUCCCUGACCAUAAGGUAGAAGAGACCUGAUUCCUGCAAGUUGUCCUCUGACCACCACCCCAUACAUGCUUCUGCAUAUGUGCACACAUCACAUUCUUGCACACACACUCACAUACCAUAAAUGUAAUAAAUUUUUUUAAAUAAAUUGAUUUUAUCUUUUAAUCAUUAUUUUUGCUUAUCUGUUUGUUCAUACAUGGAGUUUUGCUGUAUACCCAGUCUGGCUGCAUCCUCCAGGCACCUUGAACUUGGAUAUUCUCCUGCCUCAGUUUCGAGAGUGCUGAGUUAUAGGCAUGUGCAACCGUGUCAGGACCCUUGGCGUUACAUUAUGUUUUCGAAUCUUAUUUUUCCAUCUAAGACUGACAACCACCUUGCCAAAGGAUGACCUUGACUUUUGUAUCCUCUUGCCUCUACUUCCCAAGUAUUGGGAUGACAAGUCUGUCCAUCCUAUGAUUUGUGUGGUGCUGGGGCUUGAACCCAGGGGCCUCGUGAAUGCUAGGCAAACGCAAUCAGCUGCCCAACCCCGAACUUCACUUUUCACCUGUGAUUUCUUAACAUGGUUCCUGAGCAGACAGCAUGAUCCUGUUGCCUUGAGGAGCUCUGCUCGUUGCUUUGACAAUGCUCUAUUUACUAAAGAAUACUUAUAGAGUUCAAGACUCCAAAGCAGCAGUUCCCAACCUGUGGGUAUGACCUCUUGGGUAUCCCAUAUCAGAUAUUUACAUUAAACUUAUAACAGAAGCAAAAUUACAGUUAUGGGGUAGCAACAAAAUAAUUUUUUUUUGAGGCAGGGUUUAUCUGUGUAGCUCACUUUGUACAGACUAGGCUGGCCUUGAACUUAAAGAUCUGCCUGCCUCUGCCUUCUGAAUGCUGGGAUUAAAUGUGUGUGCCAACAUGCCCAGUGCAGUGAAAUAAUUUUAUUGUUGGGUCACCAAAACAUGAGAAAGAGUAUUAAAAGGUCAUAGCGUUAGGAAGGUUGAGAACCACUGCCCCAAAAGAUAGUAGAAAUAGGUAAUAGCAUUUUAAAAAAAGAUUAAUUUCUUUUUCCGUGUGUGUGUGUGUGUGUGUGUGUGUGUGUGUGUGUGUGUGUGUGUGUGUGUGUGAAGGGUGCUGAAUUCCCUAAAUCUGGGAUUACAGACAAUUGUGCCAAAUGGGUAUUGGGAACCAAAGUUGGGUUUUCUGAAAGAGCAGCAAGUGCCCUUAACUGCUGAGCCCUCUCUCUAGCUAUAAUAAACUUUUUUUUAAAAAAAUUAAAAAAAUUUAGCACUC